AUGAUUCUUUUCAGUACAAUUUUUUCUUUUCUUUUUUUCUUCCUUCAAUUUCUCUCUCUCUCUCUCUCUCUCUCUCUCUCUCUCUCUCUACUACUUGUUUCGUCUUUUUUCAUUUAUUUUCCGCAAUUUUCCCGAUUCUGUUUUUUUGUUUUUUUUUCUUUUAUCAAGAUUCUCUUCGUGUUUUCUUUAUUCUUUUCUUUUUUCUUCUUCGCAUUCCUUCCGUUCAUAUUAUCAUUUAUUCUUUCUUGCUUUGUUUUUCUUGUUUUUCACUCAUAUAUCUCUCUUUUUCUUUCUCCCACUUCCGAUAAACACUCUCUAGUUCUAAGCCCCCCACCCCCCUUUUACCAAAUUUACCCUUUCUUUCCUAUUUGUAUUUCCCCUUCCCACCUUCUCGGUUGCAUCUUCACCGUCUUUUCCUUUGCUCGUUUCCUCUCCUUUCCGCUUUUUCAUCUAUCUAUCUAUCUAUCUAUCUAUCUAUCUAUCUAUCUAUCUAUCUAUCUAUCUAUCUAUGUACCGCACACACAAGCGCGGAAACUCUUUCUUUCUCUCUCUCUCCCCCCCUCUCUCUCUCUCACACACACGCAGGUAAGUAGAAGUAUGCAUCUUCCUUCAUCUGUGUCCCGUUUUCUCUAUCUCGUUCUCUUACCUUCUAUCUAUCUAUCUAUCUAUCUAUCUAUCUAUCUAUCUAUCUAUCUAUCUAUCUAUCUAUACAUGUGUGGUGUGUUUGUUGUUCACAGAUCUAUCUAUCCACCUCAGGUGACCCGACGAAGAUUUCUUUUUGAAACAUUUCUUUCGUUCAACAUCAUUUACGCACGAUGA